AUGUCCAGUUUACAACAACAAGACCAAUCAACUGGUCUAACAACCAUUAAUGAUGAUAACAAUAUAUUUUAUCAUAAAUUAGGCGGCAUCUCAACUACCACACCAGCACUAUCAUUAUCAACAACUCUAGCAGAUCAAACAUUAUAUGAGAAUUAUAAUUUGAAAUGGGACGAAGCUUCAUUAGAGCAGAAAGUGGCAGCACUGAAAUUGGAGACCCAAAAACAAUUACUCAAUGAAUUUAUGCUUCGAAAGGUUCAAAUGCAGAAUGCUCCGUUAACUUAUCCAACCGAAAUUCAUCUUCGUACAUCAAAAGGGUCAAGUCAACGAAACCGUGAUCUGUACAAAACAGCAUUAUGUGAUUUUUGGAGCGCUGGAAUACCAUGCCGAUUUGGUGAACGUUGCUGGUUCGCGCAUGGUCCACAUGAACUUCGUAUUGCACGUUUUGUUUACCCUGGUUUGCAUCCAUAUGAUUAUGAAAUCCGCGUGAACUCUCCAAAUAUGUUAUCAUCAUCCUAUGGACGACGUUUCUGGAAUUUGGAACAAAGUUACCCAGUAGCUAGUGCACAACCCACACCUAUGACAAUCACUCCAAUGGGCAAAAAUGUACCAAUUGGUUAUGAACGCAAACUUCGUCGCAUAUCUCCGGUUCACGAGAAUGUUAAUUCAAAGAGCUGGCGUACGACACAGCGUGUGUCAGAUGGUGAUUCUGGUAUUGGAAGUACAGGCACUAACAAUUCACCAGAAGUAAAUCCAAAAUGUCGAGAAAACUUGGAUGGUGCAACAUACCAGUUCUCCCCAUUUCAUGAAACACCAUUAACAGGUGACAAUAGAGUGGUACCGCAACACCUUCUACGUCCACUGGAUACAUUGACAAACCGGGAGCAAAUAGAUUUCUCAAGAAACGAAGCAUAUAAUCAUUGGUUAAACACCGGAACAGUACAGUCAAGCAGUAUACAGUUAGCAUCAGGUUUAGAACAGAUGAGCUGGUGGGCCGACACAAUUAGUAACGCAUAUCCAUUCAUUAACUGUCCAAGCCAAAACAUUCAGUUUAAUACGACAGGAUCGACGAAUGAACAGUGUUAUUCGAUAUGCAUUGAACCAAGAGUUGACAAAAUUGAAGCUUGA